AUGGGGAGCUUUGAGAUCAAACUUGAAGAUUAUUCGAUUGAUGGUUAUUUUGACUACAGUAACUCCAGUGAAGAGCCUGGUGAAUUGGCCAGCCCGUGCACUCACUGGGCCCUGGGCCCGAGCAGCGUUGUGCUGGUCAUCAUCUACAGCACCGUGUUUGCCUUCAGCAUGCUGGGGAACAGCCUGGUCAUCUAUGUGGUGCACAGCAUGAAAAGCUGCAGGACCACCACAGAUGUGUACCUCAUGAACCUGGCUCUGGCUGACCUCCUGUUCUCUCUGACCCUCCCGUUCUGGGCCGUCUACACCCAUGACCAGUGGGUCUUCGGCAACUUGAUGUGCAAGCUCCUCUCCGGCCUGCAGGAGGCGACCUUCUACAGCGGCAUCCUGAUGCUGGCCUGCAUCAGUGUGGACCGCUACCUGGCCAUCGUGAAGGCCACGCAGGUGAUCCCAAUGAAGCGGCACCUGGUGGGCGCGGUGAGCGGAGGGGUGUGGCUGAGCGCGGUGCUGCUCUCCCUGCCCGUGGUGUUCCAGCGGGAGGCCUUCCGGGCGGAGAACGCGGCGCGGAUGGUGUGCCAUGAGAACAUGACGGCGGAGAGCGUGGAGAGGUGGCGCGUGGGCGUGCGCGUGCUGCACCACACCGUGGGCUUCUUCAUCCCGCUGGCUGUCAUGCUGGUCUGCUACGGCCUCACCGUGGGAACGCUGCUCCGUGCCCGCAGCGGCCAGAAGCACAAGGCCAUGCGCGUCAUCCUGUCCGUGGUGCUGGCCUUCCUGGCCUGCUGGCUGCCGCACAACAUCACCAUGCUGGUGGACACGCUGAUGCGGGGCGAGCUGCUAGAGGAGACCUGCCGCUUCCGCAGCCAGGUGGACCUGGCCCUGCAGGUGACACAGGUGCUGGCCUUCCUGCACUGUGCCGUCAACCCCGUGCUCUACGCCUUCAUCGGGCAGAAGUUCCGCAACCAGCUCCUCACCUCGCUCUUCAAGCACGGCCUCAUCAGCCAGAGGAACCUGUUUGCCUACAGGACGGGCUCGGUGCAGAGCCAGAGCUCCCGGCACACAUCCGUCACACUGUAG